UUUUGUUUUUUAGUCCCAGCGAUUUUUAUUGACCUCCUCAAGUCGCCAAGUGUCGCCUCCUGUUCCAUAAUUGAAUUUUCGAAAAGGAGAGCUCAUCCUUCAAACCAAAAGACUUGCUUUCUGCUUCUUUUUAGUUUUAUUAAGCAGUUUUUUUUUUCUUGUUUUAUUUCCGGUAUCUGCAAUGAAUGUCUGGUACGUGUUGCGAUUAAUCUCAGAAGAAGAAGAAGCAAUGAAUUCUUUUCUUGAAGACAAGGUAAAGUUUUGAUUUGUUUGAAAAACUGCUCAUGAAGAAAAUGCUGAGACUGAGAAUAUAAUAAAGAUACAAAUUCGUUUGAUCUCUUUAUCGUCAUUAAAACCUUCUGGAAUCAAAACAAAACUUGCAGUUUUAAGAACUUCAAAAUUAUUUUUUCACUAAGAAGAAAAGAUAAUAUUUCUAGAAGAAAAGCUAUAAUAGUUGACUUUUCUUUAAUAUUGCACUGAUAACAAGUAUAUUAAAAUUUCGCAUCUUAAUCAAACAUUGUUGUUCAAAAGUUUGCAAAUCCUGUGACGCUUAAUAUAUAUUCCUGAUUAACUAAGCGACGAACUAAAGAAGGAAGUGUUGCUUCUAAAACCGAAAAAUAAACACAGAAAAAAUUAUUUGCCUAUAAAAAAGCUAAGUCGAUAAAGCAGCUCAAAAUCGACUCCUCAAGUAGACUUCAUUUCAUCAAAACACUUACUGCUAUAAAUGAAUUAUUUGCUGAAGUGUUGAGUAAGUGAAAACUUUCCUACAUGGUGAUGACUGCAGGGGGUAGACGAGGACUUCGGCCGGAUCCCCAUCGGUCCCCUCCGGCGGGGUCUCUGGCCACAAGUCUGCAGGACAUAAAACCAUAUUGUCCGCCCAUGCUGUUUCCAACUAUUCCUAAGUGCGCCGGUUGUGAACAGCCUAUCCUGGACAGAUUCAUUCUGAAAGUUCUGGAGCGCUCGUGGCACGGGAAAUGCCUGAAGUGCAUCGACUGCCAAGCCCAACUCGCCGACAAGUGCUUUGCCAGAAAUGGACAGGUCUUCUGCAAAGACGACUUCUUCAAGCGAUUCGGUACGAAGUGCGCUGGAUGCGAGCAGGGCAUUCCUCCAACGCAGGUGGUUCGACGGGCGCAAGACAACGUGUACCACCUGCACUGCUUCGCAUGCAUCCUCUGCAAGCGACAACUGAAUACGGGCGAUGAGUUCUAUCUCAUGGAAGACAACAAACUCGUCUGCAAAGCGGACUACGAAGCCGCCAAAGCACGCGAGGGGACAACGAAGCGGCCACGAACCACCAUCACCGCCAAGCAAUUAGAAACCCUGAAGACGGCAUACAACAACAGUCCCAAACCUGCCAGGCACGUCCGGGAGCAACUGAGCCAAGACACGGGCCUGGACAUGCGAGUUGUCCAGGUGUGGUUCCAGAACAGGCGCGCCAAGGAGAAGAGGCUCAAGAAAGAUGCCGGAAAGAGUCGAUGGGGGGAAUACUUCAGGAAUGGUCACCUUAAACAGGCUGUAGGCAGUGGGCCUCCUACCUCCCCAGACAGCAGUAUAGAAAGAGGCGGUGACGACUCGCUAGAGAUAGACCUACGGUCACAUAAAGAUUUCAGAGAUGACGAUCUACGAGACACGUUCGGCACUCCCAUGGGUAAUAACUCUCAGCUUGGCGAGACGGACUCUUCCAUGCGCCCUUCGCCACCGCCUCCCAAUGGCUACCUGGGUCCCGGGGGUCAUGCUUACCCUGGGCCUGGAACGCCUCCCUACCUGGCUGGCAGUCACAGUCCUUACCCACCUUCCUACUACUCUGAUUACCACCACCCCCAGAACGGACACCUUUCCGGCCUGCCGCCGCCCCGACUACUGGGGGUGCCCCAGCCCACGGACUUGAGCGGCGGCGGUCGAAAUCUCGCUUUCCCCGAAUUCCCACCGAGCCCUGCGUCGUGGCUCGACGAAGUGGACGGCGGGGGAGGGGCGCCUCCUUCCGCUGCCCAGUACUGAGUCGGGGUCAAGUGAAGAUGAUGGGCCUGAGAAACGGAUGUCGUGGCCUUCUCCGGUCGUGGUUUCCGGCAAUUUUAAUUGAACUCGGUUAAUUAACAGCACACCGAUUAGGAAAUGCUGUCGAGCUUAGCUCUUCUAAGUCGAGGGUAGAUAGAAAUGAGGCGUAAUAUCUUCACCCCUUCUCCCACAAGAAGAAAAAAAAGUAUGAUGCAUAGGAUCGUCCAGAUAUCUUAAGAUGACUGUUUCAUUUCUUUUCUUUAUUCAUUUAACUCGCAGAAUAUAAAGUUACAGUUACCCUUCUCGUUAAAAGUUUAAAGUUUUCCCGAAAUUAAAUUUAAACUAUAAUUGUUUUUCAGUUUGUUUUUUAAUAAAGCUAUAGUUACUUUUUAUUUAUUUAUUCAAAUAAUAUGAAAAUCUCAAAGUCUUUGUUUUCAAAA